UAGAAAAGCACGCCUCGCAGUUGUCGACGUGGUAACCUCGUAACUCGAUCUGGGACUGGGAGGUGGGAGCCUUUUCUUUUCCCGUUUCUCCAUCAUAUUUUUCGUCUCCAUUUCUACUUCUCCCGCUCUCUCUCUCGCUCGUAUCGGUAUCUCAUGGCGUUGGCAUCCUCCCAUCCUCUCUCUCCCCAGUUUCUUUCCACUAGCUUUCAAACGAAGCUGCGGAAAGACCAUUCUCACCAACUUCCAAUCUGGUUUAAUACUCCUCGGCUCCGUUAUUGUCUCCGACUCCCAGCUACCAGAAGAUUCUCCAACUACUCGCAGGAAAGUGACAAUUUGGUCUCUGAACCACGUAAUUGGAGCGGGAGGAUCGCCAGGGACUAUGACGACUUCAGCACCGACGACGAUGCCGAUGACGAUGAAGAGGGCGAAGACGAAGAUCGGAGCUUGGAUCUUCUCGUUCGUUUCGUUCAGAAUGUGUUCCGGAAGAUCUCCCGGCGCGCUAGGAAGGCCGUCCGAUCAGUCCUUCCGCUUUCUAUUUCCACUAAAUUGGUGGGCUUUUCGGUUAACGGAAUUAUAAUAUUGGCGUUUUUGUGGGUUCUGAAGGCAUUCCUUGAGGUUGUCUGUACCCUUGGAAGUGUAGUGUUUGUAAGCAUCUUACUUAUUCGUGGGAUUUGGUCUGGAGUUUUCUAUUUACAAGAAAGCCGCAAUCACAGGACUAGAAGCAUUGAUGAUGAGAACACAGCAUGGACUGGCACCCUGCCAGCAACUUGAUUUGAUCCUUCCACCUAUUUUACAGGAAAAGGAAAACACAAAGGAUGAUUGGGAUGGCCUCCUAACCACAUAGAAAUUAAAAGAAAGAAUGAAAUAUGAACAAACAAUAAGGUUCCAGGGGAAGCAUUCCUUCAUCCAGAAUAAAGAAGGGAAGAAAGGUUUUGGCAUAUAAGUUAAGGCCAGUUUUCCAUGGGAACGCCUAAGAGCAGGCUAUUCAAUGUGAAUAAUGAUUACAUUUCAAAUAAAAGCAGUGAAAAAGAUGGAAUCUUUUGUAUGGCACACAUAUCUGAUAGAGGUAUAACACCAAACAUGGAUUAUAACUCUUGAACAAGAACAAACAAAGAAAGAAUGAAAACCCAAAAGAUUUUUCUUUCUUCUUACAGUUUUUCUUUGUUUUUUUCUUGGUUUUCAUGCUUUCCAGAUUUUGAUUAUGUUAUUCUAUGUUUACAUUUGUGAUUUAUAACAGCAGGAAAGACCAAUCUUUCAAUUGUAGCUUGAGCCUUUCUUGUUGCUUAGUUAAAAAUCUUUCUGUCCGUUUUGUGUUUGUUUCAUCAAGCUUGUAGAAAAUAUAAAGUAUCUCAGGUUGAUCAUCCUUGUUCAAGUUAUCAACUGAAUCAGUUACCCAUUUCCA